UUCCAAGAAUUUGCAGCAUUGCCCAUUCGGGCAGAUAUUUGCUCGGAACACUUUAAUCAAACUGAUUUUGAUAUCAAACCUUCGGGCAAAAGAUAUCUGAAAAAAGAUGCAUUACCUAGAGCAGGCCAGUCUACUCAACAAAUGAGUUCAUCAUCAUCUUCUGCAGAGACACCAUCACCAAAACGAUUUAAAACAGAUUUAGAGCCUGAUCAGGAAGUAAUCAUUUACGAUGAUAAUAAAGAAGACAUUGACUUUUUAAAAGGGGAAACAUCUAGCACAUCUACUGCGUCUGAAACCCAAGAUGAAAUUAUCAAGAUGUUACCGGGAGUAGAUACAGAAACUACUGCUGAUACUGCUACUGGCCCUCAAACUAGUUGUAGAGGAAUACUGUCUGUAGUUGUUCCAAAAGUACAACCAUCUAAAAAGGAUACCGUUUUGAAACAGAAGAAAAAAAUUAAAAUCUUACAACAGUCUGUUAGAAGACAUUGGACAUGGGUAAGGACCCUUCAUUCUUUAAUAGAAGUUUUAAAGAAGAAGGCAAUGAUCACGGACAAUGCAGAGACAACUUUAAUGAUAGAAUGGGACGGUAAAACAUUUUUUGGAUAUGUUGACGUAGGCACAAAUGUACAUAGCGAUUCCCUACCAGAAGCAAGAGGCACUGAUGGAUUGAAUGCCGAAGAAAAGGCAGCUUUAGUUAUGAACGGUUUGGAAUUUAUAAACAGCAGUGGGGUAGAAGUAACAUCUCUUACUUUUGACGGAGCUCCCACCAAUUUUAUCAUGGCUUGUCAGUUAGGAGCAAAUUUCAGGGAUACUUCAACAUUGACAAAAUUUUUUUACAUCCAGUUACUAAAGACAAAGUUUUUAUAUUUCCCGAUCCUUGCCAUAUGA